ACUAUGGUUUGCCAGAGUCCCAAAUCUUUGGAACUGUUUUAAUAGAGGGGGAUCUCUUUUUCACACAGGCAAAUAAAAUGAUACAGUGGCAAAAAUCCAACCCCAGGGCCUUGAGUUUGACCCCUGUGAUCUAGCGCCUUUAUUGUUUCAUGAAGAUUAAUAGUAAUAGUAACAACAUUACGCUCUGUAUUUAUUGCGGGGAUCCUCCACGUGGCUGGUCUAGUUAAUGUUCACCUCAAACACUGACGCCAUCAACGUUCAAAGGUCAGGCUGACAAGAAAGGAAGUUCUUGAAGAAGGAAAAGUUCCCAAGAAUCAUCAUGGUUGCUAUUAAUAUCGGAAUUGGUCUGAUGGGAUUUGGUUUAUUUUUUCUGCUCUUUGGUGUUCUGCUGUACUUUGACUCAGUCUUAUUGGCCUUUGGGAAUAUGCUGUUUUUGACAGGGUUAACAUCCAUCAUUGGCUUCAGGAGGACUUCUUACUUCUUCUUCCAAAGACACAAGUUGAAAGGCUCUUUCUUCUUCAUGGGAGGUGUGUCACUGGUGCUGUGCCGUUGGCCAGUCAUUGGUAUGCUGGUGGAGAGUUACGGCUUCAUCCUUUUGUUCAGGUCUUUCUUUCCAACCGCCAUAAGAUUUGUGCUGUCAGCUGUAAAUAUCCCGUUCCUCAAUGCGGUAAGAGUAAUUUUGCCCAAAAGGCUUCUUCUCACAUUUGCUACACUUUUCAGUCUCAGAGGUCAUAGUGAUUCCAUUUGUUUCAUUCUUUACAGAUUUUGCAGAGUCACUCCAGUGUGGUCUGAGAUUCCAAUCCAGAUCUUUCAGAUCCACGCAUGCUAUAACCACAAGCCACUAAUUAAAUGUUAUUUAUUAUUACUUUUUGUUCACUUUGUUUGAUUUUUUUUUUUAGACAAAAGUUUCAAAUCUAGUUGUUGUCAUGAAGUAUCACACAAACUUCCCAGUUGUUGGCUGUACCGGGUAAUUAACCUGUAUGGCCUUACCUUUUAUACCUUAUACCUUCAUAGACCAGAUAAAGAGUGUGUCCCAUUUACUAGUCCUUGAGCAUGAAAUGAUGAUACUAGGAUGAGAGACCAAACGUGUUCUAAGAAAACUUGAACGGUCCAGUUGUGAUAGAUUCAAUUCCCUAAGAAUACAAUGACCUGGAUGAAUAAGAAUAUUGGUAAUGGUAAUGGUUUUAUUUCAGUUGAACAUGCAUCAGAUUUCAAUUGAGUGCAUCCCAUAAUCAGUUCCCAGUUCCACAUGUCCAAAAGGAGUAGGAAGAAGCAAAGCUUAUUAAAUCCUACCCCUCCAUCUGGUACUUUUACAAUCAGUAACUGUUACAUUUGUUCACUUCCUGCUUUCCUAAUAUAAUUUAAGUUUUUUUUUUA